AUGGCUUCUUCGCCCCGAACCGGCCGUUCGGUCACCAAAUCCAGCGUUUCGUACGACCCUGGCUACCAAAGCAGCCUCCGCAAACUGCGCGGCAAAGACCGGGAAUCUCUCCGCCCCAAAACAAUCCUCACCGCCCCCAAAUACCAAGUCAUCCCCGUGAUUUUCGAUGGCGUGGACGUCACCCCCAUAUCCCUCAACCCCUACGUCUUCGAGGGCGGGCGCGAGCGCCAGAUCAGCAUCAUGGACAACCUGACCAAAGACAGCUUCAUGCUGCACCACCACUCGCUCAGCCGAGUCGAAUCCCAAAAGUUCCAAACCAACAUCCUGCUCCAGAAGCAGGAAGGCGAGACUGCGACCUUCACGCACCGGAGCAUGGUAACUUCGGCCUACUUCGGCGACGAAAUCCUCCUCCCGGAUGUGAGUUUGAGGAGCAAAUCGGAGUUUUCGCAGCAGGAGAUUGUGUACGAUGAGGAGUCGGUGGAAGGGAAGCCUGAACUGCCGAUCCCGGAGCAUGUUAGUCUGGUCCUGGUGGAGACCGAGACCAUGUUCCUGCUGGAUUUGCCGAGUUCGACCGUUUCGAAGACAAGUGAAGGGGCCAACGAUGUUGAGGAGGACAACAAGUUGUACGAGUUUCUGACCAAGGGGAAGGGGCGCAAUCGGAAGGUGAUAGCAGUGGGGAUACAAACUGUGCCGAUUUUGAAGAAAGCAAGGGACACGGAGACGAAGAAGAUGAGGUUUAGGAACAAUUCCACGUACGUUUCCGCCUGGGAGAUGUACGAUACGUUCCAAGAGUUGGAGGAGGAAGCCCAUGAGGAGUUCGAAGAUAAGUUGAGUGAUGAAGAAAUGGGGACUUUGGUUGAGGAAGAGCACAGGUUGAACGACGCUGCGUCCCUUGAGAGUUACCGGAUGUCCGCCGAAGACAAACAGUUGAACAAAAUUGUGAGGAGUAAAGCUUUCCAUGAUGCCCUUAUUGUCAUUGAACGCAUCCUUGGGAAUAACUGUUACAACGCGCAGCAAAAGCGCUACAAAGGCCUUUCGGAGCCGGACGUCUUCCGCGAAAACAUCGAAUACAAGUACAGGUUGGAACUUCUAUGGACUUACGCGAAUGAUGAAACCGACUCCAGAUGUGUCACCGGAGUGGCCUUCAAUUCCUUCAACGAAGACUUAGUUGCAGUGGCGUACGGCAAGUACUUCUACACUGACCGGAGCGCAACCGGAAUGGUGAUGAUCUGGAACAUCAAAAAUCCGCAACAGCCGGAACGCCAGUACGACUUUGAAACGGCCGUAACAUCUCUUGCGUUUUCUAAAGUGAACCCGAAUUUGCUCGCUGUGGGGUUCUACAACGGCGAUUUGAAAAUUCUGGACGUUAGUAAGCGGGAAAUUUCGGCGAUUCGGGAAGACGAUACGUUUUUCGAACCCGUCUGGAGCAUCCUUUGGUUCCAGCAAGGCGGGGAUGAGGACCUUAUGGUUAGUUUCGGGGACGGCCGUGUGUGUCGCUACCAAAUAACGACAGCUCGGGAUUUGAAACGGACGCAGAUUAUGAUAACUGCCGCGGCCGAAGGGAAGUUGAAAGGGAUCAAGUAUUUGAAAAAAUGUGAAGGGAAGAAUAUCUCCAUUUCGGGAUAUGACCAAGCCAGGUGUUUGGCGAUGCACCCGUGUGACCCCUUCACUUACUUCGUCGGGACCAGUGAAGGGGUGGUUCAUAGAUGCUCCACUAACUACUACAACGAGCACAUGGACCUGUUCAAGGCCCAUGAUGGUGCAAUCCACACCAUACGUUUCUCCCCUUUUGCCAACAAGUUGUACUACACUUGUGGUGACGAUUUUAGGGCGCGUCUUUGGGUAGACGGUAUUUCGGAAUGUUUGGUAACUUCGGAACCGUCCAUGUUACCAGUGCUGGACGUUGACUGGAGUCCGGAGCACCCAACGGUCAUUGCGACCAUUCGAGGUCCAGAUAUACUAAUAUGGGAUCUUCAAAGGAAGAUGCAUCAGUCGCAGUCUAUCAGCAAGACGCCUCAUAAUAUUUUUAACACCGUCUGCAGGUUUACGCCCAAUGGUCGUAGUUUAAUGGUCGGCGAUAUGAAGGGGAAUGUGCAUGUGUACUGUCUGGAGGAUAUGCCCAUACCGCCGUUCUUCCCCGAGAAUCUUAUCUCGCAAAGUUUGAAAAAACUCUUGGUUACGAGACCGGAUUUGAUGAAGAAGUUGCGCAAGUUGGGGUCGUUGAAGUUCGACGAUAGGCAGUUUUCGAAAUAUUUUAAUUAA